AUGACAUCUAUUGUAGUCGAAACUCUCUCAUCUACUAAUUCCGAUCAUCAAUUUCGUCUUCUAAGAUCUGAAUUUGAACAACGUCUUACGAAAAUCGAUCACUAUUUUACCGAAUUAACGCAAUCAAAUGAAUUUAGUGGUUCCCUUCUAAUAUCAAAAUGUGGACAUAUCCUUCUAUCAAAAGGCUACGGUUCCUCCGAUUAUACUCAACAAACAAAGAACACAUCAAAAACAAUGUAUCGUAUCGGUUCCCUAUCAAAACAAUUCACAUCAUUUAUCAUCUUAAAAUUACAUGAACAACAUCUAUUAAAUAUUGAUAAAGACUUUCUCUCUGCUUACCUUCCGGAGUAUCCCCAUUCAAAUAAAAUUCGUCUGAAAAUGUUGUUAAAUCAUACGUCAGGUAUUACAGAUUAUACCGAAUUACCACAAUUUGAAAGUGAAUGUGUAAGCAAGACAUAUAAAUUAGAUGAAUUAAUCAGAUUGUUUAGUCAUUGUCCAUUGGAUUUUGAACCGGGUACAAAAUUUCAUUAUUCAAAUUCAAAUUAUAUCUUGUUAGGUGCAAUCAUACAUUCCAUAUCACCAUCAAAAACAUUUGAAGAAUUGUUAAAUGAAUACAUAUUGAAACCGUUGAAUAUGAAUAAUACAAUUUAUGAGUGUAAUGAUGACAGAGAAUGUGUGGUGUCUAAUAAUACACAUCAAAUUGCCAAAGGUAGAUCACUUUCUUUUUCGAAGCAUGAACAAAUGCUUUAA